AUGCAAACCCAGUGGACUCUUCAACUUGGCCUACUGCUGAUUGGCCUUGUCACCGGUCAGACCUGCCCUGAGAUUCCGGAUACUGGCGUUACCAUUGGCGAUCCUGUCCCUAUCAAGCCCGAGAAUAUCCCCAAAGGAUGCUCGGACUAUGAGAUCCUCGUUGCUCGUGGCACUAGCGAGCCGGAUUACGUAGCAGGCGGUGGCAAGUUUGGCAUCAUUGUUGGCGACCCUGUCGUUAGCAAUGUGACCGCCAAGUUGCCAGGUGCCCGAGGGUAUCCAGUUCAGUAUCCUGCAAGCUCAGCAGUCAUCACUGGUACUCGCCAGGGAUCACAGGACGUCGUCAACCGGCUCAAAGCCCAGGCGGCCGCUUGCCCAAGCCAGACCUUUGCCCUAGUCGGGUAUUCUCAAGGCGCGGGGGUAAUGCACGCAGCUGCAGACGAGAUCCCUAAGGCGCUCUACCCUCGCAUCAAGUCUCUUGUCAUGUUUGGCGAUGGUUAUAAGCGAUUAGGAAGCACACUCAGUCGUUUCCCUUCUGGGCUCAAUGAAAAGGCUCGACAAGUGUGCGCUACUGGCGAUCCGGUCUGCAAUACAAGUGGCGAAUGCACAUACUAUCACUUGACUUAUAUCCGCCCAGAGUACAUCGAUCCAGCGGUUGACUUCAUUGUCAAUGCUUUCAAGAACUGA